UCGUCUCCUCUCCUCCCUGUUUUCCAGCGAUGAUGCAGACUGUACCCUCUUCAUCUCGGCUUAAACUGGAUGUCUCAAUCAUUCUUCAUCAGCUCUUCGCUGACGGGCUCUUCUCCAGAUUCACCUGAAUUAAACCGGAUAAGGACCUCAGACGUUAUGAAGACCCAUGCUCCAAAUUAGACAUGACAUUCAACAUUCACAUUUCUGAUUUACUGAAAAUAGGCUCCUGCUCUGCCAGUAGGACAGCUUGAUGGGCAGACAGACUUUUUGAUGCUUGACGAUGAUGAUGAUUUCUUUUAAGUGCUCUUGAGGCUGCCACAAACUCAGAGCUGAUUUCAUAAUGUGUGAGCGAGAAGAGCCCUUUGGUGUGGGGGAGUUAAGGAAUAACAACCAGCAGGGUGGCAUGCUGGCUGAUGGCGACGCCAAUGCCAAUGACAUUCGGACAGAAGAUGGUGGGAGAACUGGGGAUACUGGCUGUCUGUCAGCAUUGAUAACUGAAACAGCAGAGCAAGACAAAGUCAUCAUCUGGGGCACAGACUCUCAGUGUGAUGACCCUGAGCUGGCUGAAUUUGAGAUGUUAGAGUGUCAGGAGUUGGAGGCUUAUCUUGUUGAGGAGGAAGAGGACUUUGUUGGGCUUGCAGAGCGGAAGGAGCUUCAAGAACAGCCGUCAUCAUGCAGAAAAUCCACAGCAGAAGAGGCGAUAGAUUAUAAGGGCAGGGAAGAAAGGAAGUCAAUUCUGAACGGUGCCAGUGAGCAAGAAUCCAAUGGCUCUCAUGUCUCUGAGAGCAGAGAAGCUUCCAAGACUGAGUUAAGCUCUGAAACUGAUGUCUUUGUGUCCUGUCUGUCCACCAUUUCAAGCAUGGCCACUGCCAUGGACACUGUUGGCAAGAACCAGAUGACAGACUCCUGGCAUAUUGCCUCUGGUCCUCAUUCAACCAUCUCAGAGGACCUCACUUCCCAGAUUUGCACCACUAUCUCUGAGAGAGGCAAGGCCUCUCAAAUAGUUGACGAUUCUUCUCUUUUUGCUAGAAAAAGCACAAUAACCCAGAAAGAUGUAGAUAUGAAUUGGAAUUCAGCAGUUCAGUCAGAUGAUGCUGUAUCACAGGCACAUGAUGUCAGUGGCAAGCCCGGGACAAAUAAUAACCAUAGAAAUGAAGCAAAGGGUAGUGUUUUGGAGGUAAAUUGUACUCAGCACAAGGCUUUAACCUCUCCGACAAAAUGUCAAAAAGAAAGCAACGCUAAAAUAGAUAAAAGCACACAAGCGGAUGAAACCCCUGAUGUGAACUACAGGGCUCUCAGAACAGGUACAAAGGGGACUCAGUCAUGUGUUGAACCUAAAGCCAUAAAGAAACAAGACUCAUUUGAUAACACACUGAAGAAACAAAGCUCUUUUGAUAAGAGUCUGAAAAAGCAGCCUUCAUUUGAGAAUUCUUUAAAGAAGCAGCUCUCUUUUGAUAACACCUUAAAAAAGCAGGGCUCCUUUGAGAACACCACCACUCACAGCUCUUCAAGUCUAGAAAGGAGGAAGCCAUGGGGAAGCCCCAGUCGACCAGCAACUCCUACAUCCCCUAAAACCACCUCCUCUUCGUCACCUAAGAGACGACCUAGUGGUUCUCCAGCUAAGGUCCAGGGCAUCAGGGCACUGAGCCUGGAGCGCAGUGACUCCUCUCAAAGAGGAAUAAGUCAAACUAUCAAGCCACAUGCUAAGACGAGUUUGAGCAGUGGAAUCCCCAAACCUAUCAUGCCUCAACAGAAGGAGUCCGAACCCAGGAGAUCUUCGCCCCCUCAGAAGCCCAAAAACGUGCGGCCAAAAAUCAUCACGUAUGUUCGAAAGAAUACUCAAGCAAAACCACCACUCACCGAUGCACUAAAUGAAGCCUCCACACACACAAGAUUACCCUCUUACUCCAACCCACCAGCUCUCAAAGAUCCAAAGGUUGCUUCUCAAACGAAAUCCACACCAGUGCUCUGUUCCUCAAACCUGCUAUUUGACAGAUAUCGACAGGAGAUGCAGAAGACAGGAUACUAUCCUCCAGGUGUUGCUGUGACUGGAGUAAAACCUCCAAGCAGCACUAUCCCUCAAAGGAGUGGAAAGUCAGACAACUUCCAGGAGGCAUCAGAGAAAUAUCUUCAAGAGCAUGUUUCCCCUGAAGGAGGUAGUGUCUACCGCUCGCCAAGAACCCUGAGGCCUCAGCUUGGGCUAGGUGCAGUCACCAGGCAGCCCGCAGCCAAGCCAAGAGUUCAGCAGGCAGGUCAAAGGUCAGGUCCCUCACAAUAUCUGGCUGCCAAAGUGUCCACUCCAGGCCAACAAGAUCUGGCAGGAGAGCCCAGGAGGGCAGGUCCAGAAACUACGCCAAAAAGCCUCCUGCUCAAAUCAGGCCAGUCUGGCCUUCGUCCUCCAGGCUUCUCUGCCCUUCCAGCUGCCCGUCUGGCUUCUCUAGGAUUUGUCCGGAGCUCCAGUGUCUCAUCUGUAUCCAGCAACCAGUCUAAUGAAAGCACCCACAGUGACCCAGGCCGAGGUUCUCAGUAUCCCAGCAGUGGCAGCGAUGACACAACUCAACAUAAAGCCACAGCACCAACCAGAGAAGCCUCCCCUGCUCAGAGCUGCCCUCACCCUCCUAAUGCCCCCAGCCUCCAGCGGCGCAAUCUGCCACCACGGCACUGCUCCCCACUAGCGACUAGGAGAGAUUUACAGAAGGAUGCAGAGGCUGAGCUGUCACCAAAGUCCUCCCCUAAAAGACUUGCAGUGGUUUCUCCCAAGCCACAAUCCCCUGGUGAGUCAGCCCUGUCACACCGUCAGACCGAAAAGGCACAGGAGGUGGAUCGCGCUCAGAUCCAGCAGCUGCGGGAGCGAUGUGAGCGGCAGGCCCUGCAGCUACAGACUCUGCAGGCUCAGUUAAAGAAAGCCUCGCUGUGCCUGGAUGUUUUCAGCAUCACUACCCAGCACUUCUGUCACAAGAGUGAGAGUGCCAUUGUGAAGGAGAGGGAACUGUCCCUGGAGCUUGCCAGAAUCCGUGAUGAAGUGGCUGUCAGUGUUGCACACUGGGAGCAGUUGCAGCAGGAGAAGGAGGAACUGGAGCGUCGUUUUGAGUCUGAGCUGCAGGGAUUGCGGGCUCAGCAGCAGAAGGAGCUGGGAGCGCUGGAGGAGCGGCUGAAAGCACAGCACGUGGAUGAGACGAAUAGUCUGCAGGCCCUGCAGCGAGCUGAGCUGGAAGAGCUACACUUCAAACAGCAGGAGCAGCUUGAGGAGAUGAGUCAGAACCAUGAGGCGUCCUUGAUGGAGAUGGAGACGGCUCACAAUGAUACACUGGCCACUCUGCAAGAGGAGCAUGCCAGGACUGUGAAGAAUUUGAAGAUGGCCCAUGAACAACAGAGGAAGUCUUUGGAAGAAGAGUUUGAAAAGAUCAGACUGUCACUGCAGGAUCAGGUGGACACACUGACAUUUCAGAACCGUAGUCUCAGAGAUCGAGCAAAACGAUUUGAAGAAGCUCUCCGCAAGAGCACAGAUGAGCAGAUCGUGGUAAGAGCUUCAUGAUACACUGCUUACUGCUCAUGUGACAUGUGGUGUACCGUGUUACCUGUGUUUUUUGAGCAGGCUGCAAAGAAUGUGUUCCUGGAGGAGAAACUACAAGUGUUACAACAGCAGAAUGAGGACCUGAAGGAACAAAUAGACAAGAAUCUCGCUGUGUCCAGGCAACUCUCUGAAGAGAAUGCUAAUCUGCAAGUGAACGUGGAGAAGGAGAGCAAUGAGAAGAAGCGCCUCAGUCGCACCAAUGAGGAGCUGCUGUGGCGCCUACAGACCGGCGAGCUGAGUCCUCGCAUGUCCCCCAGCUCCUCCCCUAUCCAUCAGCCACCCUCUGGACAAGGCUCUCCUGCCCGUCCACACUCGUAUCACCAGUGAUGCUCUUCUGGAAGUUCUCGUCACCAAAAGCUUUUAGCUGGAAUCAGAAGGCCUCAUUUGUUUUAAACCUCUUGUGUGAAUGUUUCUCUCAAUCAGAAGAGGGAUGGAUGUUACACUAUAUAAACACAAAUAGGUCUGUUUGUUGGGAAAAUCCACUUGCCUAUGUGAUUUAAAGUUUGAACCCCACUGACCUAACCAAUUGUACUGUUAAUCGCACCUGUUACUAAAAGAAGGAAUUCUCUCAGAUUUUCCUACUCCACAUGAACGCCCCACACAGCAGAUGCACUGAAAAACUCCCACAGAUUGUAGAUUGAUUGGAGAGCAGAAUGAAAAUCACGGUGCCUCAUUUCCAUGUUUUCGCCUACAUCUCCAUCUUCUCAUCCAGCGCUCAGGAUGAUGGAUGUACAAGACAUAAUGAUAAUCAAAAGUGCAACAACAAACACAAAAAGCGCCUUUUGCCAUCCACUCUCUCCCACCAGCAGCAUCCACCAGGACAAGGAAAAUCCUUUUUGUGAGUAAAAUCACAAAACUACCUACAGUGUUACUCUCAAUGUUCAGAUUCUUCUCUGGGGCUUAUUAUCCUUUUCAUCCUGAAAUAUUGUAGGAGUUUAUGACUGACUAUCAAGCCGUUUAACCUCAAUCAUCCAUGCUACUUUAACUUGCAUAUUAGCAUUGACCUGAAAUGUGUGGCUACAACAACAACAACCCAACUUAUAUCUUCUGAACUGCCAACACAGUCAACAGUUUUCCUGACCAUACUUUGUAAAAUCUGUACAUGUAUUGCUCUCUUUAAAGCAUGAUCUGUCUUCCAGUUAUAACUUAACUAUAUUUUAGGAUUGCCUACAGUGGGAUGAAGUGGCACCGAAGGGCAGUGGAGCAUCGCGAUUUAAAAGGAAUUUCUUAUUAACUUGAACAGGAUUCAUUAAAGGUAAAACAUUGCGUUAUACAUUUCACACUAGGUGAGUUGAUGCCCUUCACCCUUCAGAUGAAUUAAUAUAAUAGACUGCUC